CUAAGUCGAAUGUAAGUGUUUCGUCUGGUCAAGUUUCGAAAAAACAACCUGUUUCACUACCGAAUAUGCAGUCUAAACCAAGUGCUCCUAGCAGGAAGCCAAUAGUCAAAAACGAGGAAAAGUCAAAUGAAACUAUCGCGGCUAAGGAGAAAUUACCUCCUAACAAGACAACUAAACCAAAACCCGAAACUAAAACCGACAAUUAUUACUGCAAAGAAGCCAGUCGAGCUAAAACAAUCUUCUUCGGGAAAUGUUACAAAUGCGAAAGCUUCGGAAGGGGAUCCUCCACCUUCCAGACCUAGCUUUCCACCGAGCACGGAAAUAACAAACGAGAUGCCAAAACAUCCCAGGGAAACAGGUGAAACCGGCGAGAAGAAGCAAAAGAAAUCUAAAUCUUCUAGGCCACCGUUGGCAAAGGCAAAACCUUCAAGACCUCCACCUGCAAAAGCCCCGCCUGGAAAAGAGCUCCCUACCAAAGCUCCAGCUUGUCGAACCCCGUCUACCAAAGUAAUGCGACAAGAAAAGCGCCAGCAAAUGUUGCGGAUAAGACAGACAGAAUCGCAGAAACAUCUUCUACCGUAAAGCCUUCGGGUCCUGCUCGUGCUCUAGCCAAGUUUGAUUAUACUGGUGAAACAAAUGACGA